AUGGCACGACCGUUGGAAAAGAUCUCUGAUAUUAACGAUGAAAAGGAACUUUGGAAAGUUGUUGUUAAAAUACAUCACAAAUGGAGUGUCAUCUCUAACAACAAAGAACAUUUCGAGAUGGUUGUUUAUGAUUCUGAGGGAAGUGAUAUUCAUGUUAUCGUACCUCCCGUUUAUAGGCAGAAUUUUGAUUCGCUGUUUGUUGUUAAUGAUACUUACACUAUUGCAAACUUCCAAGUUCAGCUGAAUGAUCUGCUGUUCAAACCUUCUGCUCACAAGUACCUCCUUAAAUUUACUGGUGGGACAAAAGUUGGGGAUAGAAAUGUACAUCAGAUUCAGGAAAAGGCUUGCAGGCUCACUCCUUUCCUUGAUAUUUUAACUGGGAAAUGGAAUAAAGAUCAACUUUUAGAUGUUAUCGGAGUGGUUGAUGAAAUUGGGUACACACAGGUCCAGGUGGGAAGUAAAAAGCAACAGGUCAACUUUGUCAUUCGCGACUUGAGCAACAACACUAUAACGGUUACGUUAUGGGAGGCGUACGCGGUGCAGUUUAUCAACUAUGUUGAACAGCAGGUCGAUACUGCAAUUCCUGUUGUGAUUAUGAUUCAAUAUGCCAAAGUCAAAGAAGCUUUUGGCAAAUAUCCUCUAUCUGUUACCAAUACUUACAAUGUCACCAAAGUGUCUAUUAAUGAAGACAUGGAAAAAAUCAAAAAUUUGCUAAAAUGUCCUGACUUGGAUACUAUAGUGGCUGUCUCGGGACUUCGCAGCCAGCAGUCUCAGGGAAGGUCGCAAAACUCAUACAGUUCUCGCCAAUCACCUACCCAAAAAUUGUUGUCUAAUGCUGUUCUUCUUCCUCUUGAGCAAAUCGUUAAACUCAAAGACACCACUUUUUGUGCUACGGUUGCCACAAUCACAAAAAUCUUUGCCUCAAAAUAUGGCUGGUACUACCAGGCAUGCCAUGAAUGCCCGAACAAAGUGACUGGUGAUAAACCUCCCUACAAGUGUGUCAAGGGACAUGACACUGAAACUGCCAUUUUCAGGUCUAAACGCCAAUAA